AGCACCGGACGCUGCGCGGUGCCGCCGCUGCAACGCAGAGCGGCACGCAGACAGCCUCCACGAAGGAGCGUCUCCUGCGAGGACGAAAUACGGUUAAACCAACGACAGAAGCGUGGAGGGGGGGCGGACGGGGAGACCCGGAAGAACACCCGGAGCUCCGGUGGUUUGCGUGCGGUGAAAUUACCCCCCCCCCCCUGAAAUGUAGCCAGCGGCGUCGGUGUGCGCGGUCGGAAUCGCUCGGUCUCUGCAUGGCGCUUCUCGGGGAUGCCGUGAAAACCACGAGAGCCGACUGAGACGCCGCUGCUCGUCGCUAUCACGGACACCGCGGCGGUGGCAGCAGCGGAGCAGCAGCAGGAGGAGGAGGAGCGGGAGGAGCGGGUGGUGAGCGAUGGCUGCUGGUGGAAAGAUCCACGCUAGGUAGCGCGUGCAAAAGGACCCGAUUGGGGGAAGCUGAGCGUCUCUGUCACAGACAGGUCGCGGCCGUAGGUGUCUCAAGGAUGGAUUUCACCCCGCUCCGGAACAUCAUCAGCAGAUACUGCAUGGGGGAGGAGAUCUGGUUGGACAGUCGAACGGUGUACAUCGGUCAUAAAGAACCUCCUCCGGGGGCUGAGGCCUACAUCCCUCAGCGUUACCCCGACAACCGCAUCGUCUCCUCCAAGUAUACCUCCUGGAACUUCAUCCCCAAAAAUUUGUUUGAGCAGUUUAGAAGAAUUGCUAACUUCUACUUCUUGGCCAUAUUUCUGGUCCAGCUUAUCAUCGACACCCCCACAAGCCCAGUCACCAGCGGCCUGCCCCUCUUCUUUGUUAUCACUGUCACCGCUAUAAAACAGGGCUACGAGGACUGGCUCAGGCACAAGGCUGACUGCUCUAUAAACGAGUGUCCGGUGGACGUGGUGCAGCAGGGGAAGGUGGUGAGAACACAGAGUCACAAGCUACGGGUGGGGGACAUCGUGAUGGUGAGGGAGGAUGAGACCUUCCCCUGUGAUCUCAUCCUGCUCUCCUCCAGUCGCCAUGAUGGGACCUGCUACGUCACCACUGCCAGCCUGGAUGGGGAGUCCAGUCACAAGACCUAUUAUGCAGUUCAAGAUACCGUGGCCUUUAGAACGGAGCGGGAGGUGGAUUCGCUACAUGCCACCAUUGAAUGUGAACAACCACAGCCUGACCUCUACAAAUUUGUGGGACGCAUCAAUAUUUAUAAGGACAGAGAAGAGCCUUUGGCAAGACCACUCGGGGCUGAGAAUUUGCUCCUUAGAGGAGCCACACUGAAGAACACACAACAUAUUUAUGCUGUCGCAGUCUACACUGGUAUGGAGACCAAGAUGGCGCUUAAUUACCAGUCUAAAUCUCAGAAGCGCUCCGCUGUGGAAAAGUAUAAAUUAAAAAGAGGAGUGUUUGUCCUGACACGAGAAGAGCCCCUGGUACAACCCCCAGUACUGAGAACGAGCGGCCAGCGCCACGUGGUGAUCCGAGCAUUCACAGACUUCUUGGCCUUCAUGGUCUUAUUCAAUUACAUCAUCCCAGUGUCCAUGUAUGUGACGGUGGAGAUGCAGAAGUUCCUGGGGUCUUAUUUCAUCACCUGGGAUGAAGAAAUGUUCGAUGAAGAGCUGGGAGAGGGAGCUCUGGUCAACACCUCUGACCUGAAUGAAGAGCUGGGGCAGGUGGAGUAUGUCUUUACUGAUAAGACGGGAACUCUCACUGAAAACAACAUGGAGUUUAUUGAAUGCUGCGUUGAUGGGAACGUCUACAUCCCGCACGCCAUCUGCAACGGCCAAAUCCUCAGCGCUGCCUCCAGUAUAGACAUGAUCGACUCCUCACCCGGGGGGUACAGGAGAGAACACGAGGAUCUGUUUUUCCGGGCGCUGUGCCUGUGUCACACGGUGCAGGUGAAGGAGGAGGAGACGGUCGAUGGCAUAAAGAGGGGCAUCCACCAGGGCAGGCCCACCUCCUUCUACAUCUCCUCCUCGCCAGAUGAGGUGGCUUUGGUGGAAGGAAUGAAAAGGCUUGGUUACACCUAUCUGAGACUGAAAGACAACUACAUGGAGAUCCUCAACAAAGACGAUGAGAUCGAAAGGUUUGAGCUGCUCCAUGUGCUGAACUUUGACUCUGUCAGGAGGAGAAUGAGCGUCAUAGUACGGUCAAGCUCAGGAGAAUGCCUGCUGUUUUGUAAAGGGGCCGACUCAUCCAUUUUUCCCCGCGUCGUGUCUGGGAAGGUGGAGCAGGUGAAGGCCCGGGUGGAGCAGAAUGCUGUUGAGGGUCUGCGGACCCUGUGCGUCGCUUAUCGAAGGCUGUCAGAGUCCGAAUACAAGGAGGCCCGUCGUCACCUGAACGAAGCCCAGCUGGCCCUGCAGGACAGGGAGCAGAGGCUGGCGCAGGCCUACGACACCAUUGAGAAGGACUUUGUGCUUUUGGGAGCGACGGCAGUUGAGGACAGGCUCCAGGAGAAAGCCGCAGACACCAUUGAGUCCCUGCACAAGGCCGGGAUGAAAGUGUGGGUCCUGACAGGCGACAAGAUGGAGACGGCAGCGGCUACCUGCUACGCCAGCAAGCUGUUCCGCCGCAGCACCCAGAUCCUCGAGCUCACCAAGAAACGCACAGAGGAGCAGAGUCUGCACGACGUGCUGUUCGAACUAAGCAGGACCGUUCUCAGACAACGCUCUAUUUCUGGGUUGUCUGUAGACUGCCUGGACUUUGGUCUGAUCAUCGACGGGGCCACUCUGUCUGCAAUACUGAAGUCCAAACAGGAGGGCGCCGGUCCCGGCAACUACAGAGAGAUCUUUUUAGAGAUCGGUCGCAACUGCAGCGCAGUGCUUUGCUGUCGGAUGGCCCCGCUGCAGAAAGCGCAGAUUGUGAAGCUAAUUAAAGCUUCCAAGGAGCACCCCAUCACCCUCGCCAUCGGCGAUGGGGCCAACGACGUCAGCAUGAUCUUGGAAGCACAUGUGGGCAUUGGCAUCAUGGGUAAAGAGGGCCGCCAGGCAGCGAGGAACAGCGACUAUGCCAUCCCCAAAUUCAAACACCUGAAGAAGAUGCUGCUCGUUCACGGCCACUACUACUACAUCCGGAUUGCUGAACUUGUUCAGUACUUCUUCUACAAGAAUGUAUGCUUCAUCUUCCCUCAGUUCCUGUACCAGUUCUUCUGUGGGUUCUCCCAGCAGCCUCUGUACGACACCGCCUAUUUGACGUUGUACAACAUCAGCUUCACCUCCCUCCCCAUCCUCCUCUACAGCCUGGUUGAGCAGCACAUCACCACUGAGAGGCUCAAGAGGGACCCCUCCUUGUACAAGGACAUAGCGAAGAACUCCCUCCUUCGCUGGCCCGUCUUCAUCUAUUGGACGUGCCUGGGUGUGUUUGACGCUGUUGUCUUCUUCUUCGGUGCCUACUUCCUGUUUGACAACACCACUUUCACCAGCAAUGGCCAGAUGUUUGGGAACUGGACCUUCGGGACUCUCGUCUUUACUGUGCUGGUCUUCACCGUUACGCUCAAGCUUGCCUUGGACACACACCACUGGACUUGGAUCAAUCACUUUGUCAUCUGGGGGUCACUACUUUUCUACGUUAUUUUCUCUCUCCUCUGGGGAGGCAUCAUUUGGCCCUUCCUGAACUACCAGAGGAUGUAUUACGUGUUCAUGCAGAUGUUGUCCAGUGGCCCGGCCUGGCUCAGCAUCAUCCUGCUUAUAACGGUCAGCUUGCUGCCAGAUGUCAUCAAAAAGGUCCUCUGCAGGGCCGUGUGUCCCACAGCCACCGAACGUGCACAGUCCACUCGCCCGUGCCUUACUGUGGAGCCGUCCACCAUCUUCAUGCUUUCUCAGUCAUCCAGCAGAAUGAGUUUCUGAUUGGCCCAGAGAGACCAGAGAGGAGCAGGAAGAGGAGGAUGACGAGAAGCUGUCGCGGGCUUGUGUGGCCGAGGUGACUCCACUGUCCCCGGGUCGGUCCUACAAAGGCACGAGCGCGGACUCCUCUCACCUCCACCUCGGCGCCCCGG